GUACGGAGCAGAUGGAGCCUAGUGAUCUCUAUGCAACCGGCCCCGUCUUCGGUUUUUAGGACAACCACUUGCCAAUGCCUCCUUGAUUGAUCCUUGAUCGUAUACCCGACUACCAUCACACAUUCCAUACGAUGUUUCAUCAGCUCGUUAGAAGGUGGACACGCCUGACGACGGAUUCGUACAGCUGCCACUUCUUUCCAUUCCUCGGGGAAGAAAGUGCCGACCAAUAGCUUUGUGUACGUGGUGACUGUAACGAGGAGCAGUCGCGACAGCAUGCAGACAAUGACUGGAUACCUGCCAAGGCUGGUUGAGCCAGGCAACGAAGCGCGUUCGCGAAUCGCAGCUGUCUUGCUGCCAUUAUGUCGCAGGCCGACGCAGACCGAGCGGGGGUCGUGCUGGUCACCGAGGAGUUCAAUGAAAUGUUGUUGUCGAACUUCUUCUCGGUCGUUGCUACAUGUGAGUUCCACCACAAGCUGCAGAUAAUUAAAUCGCCACCACCUAACCACAGCAAAGCCCUCGUUUUCUACGACUAUUUCCUCACUUUCUCGAAGGAGACCCGUUGCAUCUGGAGUCGUAAGCUUUCUGGCGCGACGCUACUCUUCUUUGUGAAUCGAUACUUGACGCUUCUCUAUCGGAUCGUGAUGUUGAUCGAUAUAUUGCCCUGGCGAAGUCAGUCACAAACUAGUGGGCCGGAGAGCUGCACAGGGGUGCAACGUAUCGCAGAGGCUCUAACGAUUUGCUUGCAGCUGAAUAUGGCAGUCUUCACCUCGCUUCGCAUGUACGCAAUCUGGGACAAGAAUUGCAAGAUAUUCAUUGGCGUGCUACUACUUGGGAUCCUGCCUGCUGUGGAGAAUCUGUACUAUUAUACGAGAAUCGUACCCGUUGUGCUCGUCAGGCCCUUGAUUGGAUGCGGAGUAUACAUAUACGUGUACCCGAGGGCGAAUGACAUAGUCAGCAUCUUCAAUUGCAUAUUUGCUAUCGCCUCAGAUGCUGUCGUCCUCACGUUGACCUCUGUAAAGACAAUCGAAAUACGAAGAACUUCCUCUCAGGCAUUCAAAAAAUGUCGCCUCGUCGCACUGAUAGAGCGAGACGGAACGAUAUAUUUCUUGAUGCUCCUUAUUUUGAAUGCUGUCAACCUCGCAGCGGUCGAGUUCCGAGCCUUCGGCUGUUUACCAGCUCUGACGGAAGCGCUGAGCUCAAUACUGAUCUCGCGCUUUAUCUUGAACAUGCGUAGUGUCUGUUUGUCAAGCAACGGCCAGCUUGACAGCAGCAAUCUGUUGGCUGAAUCGCAAUUGUCCGAUUUGUACUUCUCACAUCUCGUCACAGGCAACCUUAAUUCACCCUUGGGUGAUUCGUUCCAGGAGGGAGAUGAGGAGCUGGAUCGUAGAAUGGGAACCGAGGAUGAGGCUGUCUUUGUGACAUCAGAUCCUCUGGCGGCUGGUCUGAGCAUGGAAGGCGUGGACAUGCGUAACGUCACUGCACGUAAACAGAUUGAUUCGUACUACAGUGAAGAAGUUUGACACGAGAUGUCGGCACACGAGGUGAUGAACGAGAGUUCAUCGGACUUACCAUACCUGAGAUCUCUGGAAGAUGAGAGAUGGUGCAGGACAAAGAAUUACCCAAAAUUGCUGGACUAUUUCCGCUGGACUAUUUCCGUUGGACUAUUUUCGCUGGACUAUUCCGCUGGAGUAUUUGAACGUUGUUGAUAGAGCAAUAGAUAAAAAGCCAAAAAGCCAAACGUCAGUAACGCCUGCAAUGAACCGAGAUUUUAGUAGCGGCAGAACUAUUUGGAACGAUGUAU